UGAAAUUUCCAGUUCAUUUGGAGCUGUUAAUACGAUCAAUUUGAUUAAAAUGUUUCAUCAUUUAACAGCGCCAAUGUAUUCAUCUCAAACACUUCGUACGUUGCUGUAAUGUUUCCCCAACUCUUUCUAGAACAUGCUGGCGUUAUCUCUCCUCGAGGGCGGAAAGUGCCGCAGGAAUCCCUCGGCUGUAGGAAACUCUCACCAUAUUAGGUCAAUGACGUCACGUCACGUGGUGGGUUCAGCUAGAGAUUCCAGGCAACAUUAUUUCCCGUAAGUGGGGAGGGGCGUGGCGAAACUAUCUUGCCGCUUUAAGAGUUUACAACGACACAAUCAUUCCCAGACUUUGGUUUGUAGGUGUGUGACUAAGCACGAUCGCACAGAGAGACAUUUUUAAACGUUGAAGGACGACUGUGGGGGGGGGGAAUAGGCCGCUAUUUCAUUCGUCUCCACCCCUUGGAUUCAUAGCCGUUUGGACUCGGCCGACUCGUCGCGAUACUUUGGCUCGCAGUCACUUCCAAGUGACACACAAACUGAAAGUUGCCUUUGGAGUACGCAAUCCACCCCCCGGGGACCAAUUUUACUUAUUGAUUUGAGUUCAUUUCAAUAGUAAGUAUGUACAGAAACUUAGGGGGCCACGGACGAGGCAACCCAGCGUACGCAGGCGGCGCUUCUGGGUCCAAUUCUGCUUCCCUGGAAAGCACUACUAGCGCCUCGACGACACAGCAGGAACAGAAAUAUUCCAUGGCGGGCAGCGGUCAGUUUGUACCCAGCCUCAACGCCAUCACAACCAACCAGGACCUCCAGUGGCUGGUCCAGCCCUCCCUCAUGCAUCCACCCGGUCCUUCUCGAUCUCCGGCGCCUCCUUACCCGCCGCCGUCCCUCUCCGGGGUGCGCCCGCCCCACUCCCCUUUCAUCAGGCCGGGGGUCAUAAGGGCAAGCGCCAACACAGCAACUGUUUCCACCCGGCGCAGGAACGACGAACAUUUGUCCCAAGAAGAGCUGGAGAGACGAAGACUAAGAAGGGAGCGGAACAAGCUGGCAGCAGCAAAAUGUCGCAACCGUCGCCGGGAGCUGACGGAUUCACUGCAAAAUGAGACCGAUGAGCUUGAGGAUGAAAAGUCUCGUUUACAAAAGGAGAUCGCCGACUUGCAAAAAGAGAAAGAAAAGCUGGAGCUGGUCCUCGAGGCCCACCGCCCCAUCUGCAAAAUCGAGGACUCCGACUCGGACUCGGACUCGGACCCCGUGUCGGCGCUGUCGUCUUUGGCGUGCAUCAAAAUGGAGCCCGAGGACUCCAGCAGCAGGCCGGGGCCGUCGAGGAAGCAGGCAACGAAGACGGAGAAGCCCAAACCAAAGAUCACCAUCCCCACCAAACCCGCGACAUCAUCAUCAUCAUCAUCAUCAUCAUCAUCAUCAUCAACAACAACAUCUUUAGCCCCCGCCGUCAGCCAGGAGUCUGAGUCCCUGCACACCCCCAUCCUCGCAUCCACCCCGUCCCUCACCCCCUUCACGGCCAGCAUGAUCUUCACUUACCCCUCGGCCGCCUCGGACAGCGGCGCCGCCGUCACCGCCGCGGCGCAUCAGGGCAAUUUCCCGACAUGUCAAGCCCCGCAGCCUUGCGGCGUCGCACAUCGCCGCAGCAGUAGCAGCGGCGACCAAUCCGAUCACUCCUUGCACUCGCCAACUAUCCUCACACUGUGAUUGAGCGUC